AUGCUGCUUGCAGAGCAUGGAAUAGAUAAAUCUGGAACGUAUCAAGGCAAAGAUCCCCUGCAACUUCAAAGGGCGGGAGUUUAUUUCGAAGAAAUCCGCGGUGGAUCUAGCACCCGAUUUGUACCGAGGAGUGUACAGGUGGAUCUCGAAGCUGGGGUGUGCAACAGGCUUCGAGGCGGUCCCAUGGGGAAGCUAUUUAGGCCCGACACGUUUAUUACGGCGGAACCGGGAGCUGGUAACAACUGGGCAAAAGGAUGCGCUGAACUUGUUGAUUCCAUUUUGGUGCAUAUAUUUUUACAAUUCUUUGAGACGCCCAAAACGCUGACGUUAUUAAUAAAGGAUGUUGUACGCGUUCAAGCUGAAUCAUGCGAUGCACUGCAAGGGUUCCAAAUUUUGCACUCGCUAGGCGGCGGAACCGGUGCAGGAUUGGGGAGUUUAAUGCUCAGUAAAUUAAGGGAAGAAUAUCCUGACAGAAUGAUGGCCACCUUUUCUAUCAUUCCUUCCCCCAAGGUUUCCGAAACUGUUGUGGAGGUGAGCAUCUUUUACGUCCGAGAUACUAGUCCACUGAGGCCACUACCAGCCUUAUAA